AAAGACCUUAAUGCAAAGUUUAUUAUUUCAAUGGAAAAAAAUAAAACGACAAUCACGAACUUAAAGGUACCAGAGGGUGGUACUGGAGACACAGGACGAGAAAGGACUAAGACAUUUACCUACGAUUUUUCCUAUUUCUCAGCAGACAGUAAAAGUCCCAGCUUUGUUUGUCAAGAAAUGGUUUUCAAAAAUCUUGGUACAGAUGUGCUUAAAUCUGCCUUUGAAGGUUACAACGCUUGUGUUUUUGCAUAUGGACAGACUGGAUCUGGGAAGUCCUACACCAUGAUGGGAAAUGCGGGUGAUGUAGGUUUAAUACCUCGAAUUUGUGAAGGAUUAUUCAGCAAAAUAAGUGAAAAAACAAAGCGGAAUGAGGCAUCCUUUCGAACAGAAGUCAGUUAUCUGGAAAUUUAUAAUGAACGUGUGAGAGAUCUUCUCAGACGGAAGUCAUCAAAAACUAAUAAUUUACGAAUACGAGAACAUCCAAAAGAAGGGCCAUAUGUUGAAGAUUUAUCUAAACAUUUAGUCCAAAAUUAUACUGAUGUGGAGGAACUUAUGGACGCAGGAAAUAUAAAUAGAACGACGGCUGCAACUGGAAUGAAUGAUGUCAGUAGCAGGUCGCAUGCCAUUUUCACCAUCAACUUCACUCAGGCUAAAUUUGAUUCUGAAAUGCCUUGUGAAACUGUUAGCAAGAUUCAUUUGGUAGAUCUUGCUGGAAGUGAGAGAGCAGAUGCCACCGGUGCCACAGGGGUUAGAUUAAAGGAAGGAGGGAAUAUUAACAAAUCUCUAGUUACUCUGGGAAAUGUAAUUUCUGCCUUAGCUGAUUUAUCUCAGGAUGCAACAAAUCCUCUUUCAAAGAAGAAACAAGUAUUUGUGCCUUACAGGGACUCCGUGUUGACUUGGCUGUUAAAAGAUAGCCUAGGAGGAAACUCUAAAACUAUAAUGAUUGCCACUAUUUCACCUGCUGAUGUCAAUUAUGGAGAAACUUUAAGUACACUUCGCUAUGCAAAUAGAGCCAAAAACAUCAUCAACAAGCCUACUAUUAAUGAGGAUCCUAACGUCAAACUGAUCCGUGAGCUGAGAGCUGAAAUAGCCCGGUUAAAAGCCCUGCUUGCUCAAGGGAAUCAGAUCGCGCUCUUGGAUUCUCCAACAGCUUUAAGUAUGGAAGAAAAGCUUCAGCAGAACGAAGCAAGGGUGCAAGAACUGACCAAAGAGUGGACAAACAAGUGGAAUGAAACCCAAGAUAUUCUGAAAGAACAAACCUUGGCUCUGAGGAAAGAAGGGAUAGGCGUUGUGUUAGAUUCUGAACUGCCUCAUCUCAUUGGCAUUGAUGAUGAUCUACUCAGUACUGGUAUCAUCUUGUACCACUUGAAGGAGGGCCAAACAUAUGUUGGCAGAGAAGAUGCUGUGACAGAACAGGAUAUUGUUCUUCAUGGCCUUGACUUGGAAAGUGAGCAUUGCAUCUUUGAGAAUCUCAAUGGUACUGUGAACCUAAUACCGCUGAAUGGAGCGCAGUGUUCUGUGAAUGGUAUUCAGAUUACAGAGGCCACACACCUAAACCAAG